AUGGGCCUCGAAGGGGCCAUAGACGUCGGGCAAGGAAAUGCCUCGUUCGACCAAAGCAUCAGUGUCCGCACCAGCCGAGGACGACAACAUCAUGACAGUCUUCGGGACAUCCGUGAGGGCGAGAAGAGAGGCAGCAAGGGUGGGAUGCCCAGAGACAAUUGUCUCCACAACAUGCGGAGGAGCAGAUCCGAGAAUACGCUGGGCUUCGGACGGAAUAGAAGAGGAGGACCGGUCAAUAUCAUGAGUUGCCCCGAGGGCUGGAGUGUCGCAGAGGAGUCAUUGGAGGAGGUGGCUAUGAUGGUUCCGAUGACAGCAAUCGCCGCAAGUCGAACGACGAAAGUUCCGACAAUUGUGGCCGCGCCAAGGGACGAUGACAUGGGAUUUUCGAUACUUGAAGCCCGGAUCAGUGACAGGAGGAGGGGACCCCAGGCCAGAUGGAUGGAAAAGAGAAAGAGCCGCAGGAAAGGGCAAUCAAGCAUCGAGGGUCGGCAAGGACAUACGGGGGGCCAAGCCGCCGGCAUGCGUUCGACCAUGGUUAUCCUGGAAAAGAACCAGGGUGCCGAAAGGCGGAGAAAGGGUGUUAACUGGAGCAGCCGAAAGCGAACCCUGUUCGACGACAGUGCCGACAAUGUCGAUACCAAGCACCAGAGGAAGGCGAGAAGCAACAUUGAAGACGUCAAGGUCGCAAAGCCUUUGGUCGAGAGUAAGGAGGCCGGUCGCUUGGACCACGGAUCAGGACCUCUCCUGGGCCGGGAUGAGGGAGUAGUUGGGCUGUCGCUUUUUGCCUACAGCGACAGAGGACAAAGUGACCUGAGGAACGGUGUCGAUGGAGUCUGGCAGGCUUCCGCCCCGGCCUACAAGAUAAACGGCUCCGAUUCCGGCAACGGGAGAGAUGUAGCCAUCAGGAGGAUGGAGCCACAGGACAGGGCGACUAAGAUGAGGACUAUCCAACAGCACCAGCAGCAACAGAAGUAG